CGGGAGAAGCAAUACGACGUGGUCGUCGUAGGAGGCGGCCAUGCAGGGACGGAGGCCGCAGCAGCCGCGGCACGCAUGGGUGCCGACACCCUCCUGCUCACACAUAAAAUAGAUAGCAUAGGGGAGAUGUCCUGCAACCCGUCAUUUGGGGGAAUUGGUAAGGGACAUCUCAUGAGAGAGGUGGAUGCACUUGAUGGCUUGUGUGGGAGAAUCUGUGAUAAGUCUGGCAUUCAGUACAAGAUGCUGAACAGGCGAAAGGGACCGGCUGUCUGGGGCCCAAGAGCUCAGGUAGAUCGAAAGCUGUACAAGAAGCACGUGCAAGCGGAGUUACUCAACAUGCCAAACCUUACCAUGAGAGCCGCGGCAGUAGAAGACCUGCUACUAGAUGGCGCUACGGUACAGACUAGAACAGACAUGUGUAAGGAGCGGUGCCACGGAGUCGUUCUGGGCGAUGGAACUACCGUCCGGGCGAAGACGGUCGUUCUGACAGCGGGCACGUUUCUACGUGGAGAGAUCUUUAUCGGGUUGAACACGACGCCAGCUGGCCGCAUCGGCGACCAACCCUCCGUCGGUCUAGCUCGAACAAUAGAGACGGCUGGUUUUACGAUGGGCAGGUUGAAAACUGGAACUCCGCCUAGAUUGAUAAAGGAGACGAUCGAUUUUUCAAAGACGGCGGUGAUGGAAGGCGACAACCCUCCCGUGCCUUUCUCGUUCCUGAGCGACAAAGUCUGGAUAAAGGCUGAAGAUCAAGUUCCGUGUCAUAUGACCUUCACAAACGAAGAGGUACACAAAGUGAUCAGGGAUACAUUGCAUCUUAAUAAACACGUAGAGGAAGAGAGUUCUGGUCCUAUGUAUUGCCCCUCGAUAGAGUCCAAGGUGUUACGCUUCAAGAGCAAAACAGAGCACCAGGUUUGGUUGGAGCCGGAGGGACUGGAUUCCCCUCUCGUCUACCCGCAGGGCAUCUCGAUGACAAUGCCUGAGGAGCACCAGCUGCGAGCGAUGAGGGAGAUGCGAGGACUGGAGCGUGUGGAGAUGGCCCAGCCAGGUUACGGCGUUCAGUACGACUAUAUAGAACCGCAGCAACUGCGUCCGUCGCUGGAAACCUUGCGCAUCGAGAACCUCUUCUUUGCCGGCCAGAUAAACGGCACCACCGGCUACGAGGAGGCUGCAGCUCAGGGUCUCAUAGCUGGAAUCAAUGCAGUGAAGAAGAGCCAGCAGCAGCCACCACUGCUGGUAGACAGGACCGAGGGUUAUAUCGGUGUGCUCAUAGACGACCUGACGACGCUGGGCACGAGUGAGCCGUAUCGCAUGUUCACCAGCAGAGCAGAGUUCAGACUUGUCUUACGUCCGGACAACGCCGAUCUCAGACUGACCGGCAAAGGUUACAAGGCAGGCUGUGUGAGCGAGGCCAGGCACAGCAAGAUGAAGAGAAUUCAAGAAAAACUGGAGGAGGCCACCGCUUGCUUAAAGUCAAUAAACAAGCCGCUGUCUCACUGGUGGAGCGGUCUACGGCUGCAAAGGUCGCAGACAAAUCACAACCCAAAAUCAGCCUAUGAUAUGCUAGGGUUGGCAGUCGUAACAAUGGAAAUGAUGGCACAGGCUUUUCCUGAUGAAUUCAGCCGUCUUCCUUUAGAUCAUCACGUGAGUGAGCGGAUCAAGAUACAGGCCACGUAUGCCGAGAAAGAGGCUGAAAUGAUGCGGGACAUCGUUGAAGCGAGAAAGGAUGAACAUCUCCUGCUCCCUGACGACAUGGACUACUCUGCUCCCUCUCUGUCUUUGUCGAAUGAAGCCAAGAAGAAGCUGGAGGCGGUACGGCCCCACACGAUUGGAGCAGCGAGCAGAAUACAAGGAGUUACACCCGUCGCUGUUGUACGUCUGCUGCAGUUCGUUAAAAGGUCACAGAAGGAAACGACCGUGUCAACGUCGUCGUUGUCAUCGUGAGGACUGGUCUCUAAUCACACUGCACUCUAAAGCACAUUAAACUUAUUAAUAGUUUGACCAAAUGCUUCACAAAAAACUUAAAAGUAUUCCCACCCAAAUGAAAAUAAGUCAUGAUCAUGACCAGAAUAAAUAUGUAAAUUAAUUGAUUGGUGAUCCUGAACUGAUAUACACACUUGUAAACAGCAUACUAGUCUAUGAAUAAUACCUACUCGGAAAAAGUCUAUGCCGUUAACAACAUAUAGCAGCUAAUAUAAAAUAUAAAAUCUUUGAUUUUAUAGAAUAUAUCUGAACAUAAUUUUCAUGUUAAAUGUAAUAAAAUGCAAUGUAUGUCCCAACAUAA